AUGUCUCUCCCUCCGCUGCCUCAGACGCAGGCCUCUCGCACGCAGCCUUCAAACUCCCCCCCUCGACGGGUCCUGGUGAUUCCUCAGAUCUAUGACUGGCACCAGCAACAGUCGUCCACGCAUCGCCUCUUCGUGUAUGCGGAGGACGACCGUGGUCCUAUCCGUACCAUUCCCUGGUCCGAAGCUGCGGUAGCCAUCGCGCGGAGCUACCAUCUCAUCCGCGAGCGUGUGGCUGGUCUGCCGGAAGGCAGCGUUGUCGGGAUUCUGUCAGGCUCAGACUCCAUCCCUUAUGUCACCUUCGCCAUGGGUAUCAUGCGGGCGAACUACGUCCCCUUCACGAUCUCGUCCCGGAACUCCGCCGCUGCGGUCGCGCACCUGCUCAGCAAGGUGGACGUGAAGCACCUUCUCAUCGGCCGGGAGCAGGCCAUGCAUGAUCUUGCUGAGGAGGCGUUUGCUAUUCUCAAGGAACAGAGCGCGGACGCGUCCGUCCCUUCGACCUCGUCGAUGCCAGUGUUCGAGGAACUCUUCAAGCCGUCAUCCGAGGAUGAUGCCGCCCUUGAACUCAGUGCUCUGCCGUACAAAUCGAGAGGGGCCGAUGCCCCAGCGAUCAUUCUGCAUUCUUCAGGAUCGACUGCCUUCCCGAAAGCCGUCACCUUCAGCCACCAGCGGCUGCUCCAGAUUGCCCGGGCCCCCUUCUACGGGCAGCGUGACUUGACGAACAAAAUCUACUCGCUGCACACUGUACCCAUGUUCCACGCAUUGGGUAUCAUUCACACCAUGCUCGCGAUGUCUAGCGGAAUUGUGUUCAGCAUCUUCGCCCCGCGCUCUCCCCCGGUGACGCCAACAACAGACAUGGCGAUCCAAGGCGCUAUCGCAUCGGACAGCGACAUCAUCGUCGCGGUCCCUGCCAUGAUUGAGGCGUGGUCGCACAAUCCGGAUUACGUCAACUGGCUCAAGACACGCACCGCUGUCAUAUAUAGUGGUGGCCCUCUGAACAAGGAGGCUGGUGACUUCAUGGUCUCCGAAGGCGUCACGAUCUUCUCUCUUUACGGAUCUGUCGUAUUACCAGCGGGGACGCCGAAGGAGUGGGAAUAUUUCCAGAUAAGCUCCCAAAUCGGACACAAGAUGCAGCACUUCGCGAACAACGAGUAUGAAUUCAUCCACGUCGCUAACGAGACCAUGGUCCCGAACAUCAUCAACACCAAGGUCGAUGGGGCGGACGCUUACGCUACCUCAGAUCUUCUCGUUCCCCAUCCUACGAAGAAGGGCUUCUGGAAGAUCUAUGGUCGUACGGAUGACCAGAUCAUGCACAGUACUGGAGAGAAGACAAACCCCGGACCACUUGAGGCCAUGAUGAGCCACGAUCCGCAUGUGGUAUCCGGUGUCAUGUUCGGCCGCGGACGGUUCCAAGCGGGCAUCAUCGUCGACCCCAAACCUCAAUACGUCUUCGACGUAUCUGAUGAAGCGAAGCUAGCUGAGUUCAGGAACAAGAUUUGGCCAACGAUCGAGAAGAUGAACGCGUACGCCCCGCAACAUUCAAGACUGUUCAAGGAGAUGAUCCUGGUGGUCAGACCCUCGAAGCCGUUCGUCUACACCCCAAAGCGCACAGUGCGCAGAGGCGCCGUCAUCAACCUCUACGAAGAGGAGAUCGACGCCCUGUACAAAACGGUAGAGGCAUCCGGCGCACAGGCCAACAUCCCUUCUCCCUCGCAGUGGGAUGUGUCGGCGUCUACGGAGUUCGUCCGCCGCGUCGUCUGGGCGGUUAUGACACACAAGGUGGCGGACGACGAUGACGUCUUCCAGCACGGAUGCGACAGUCUUCAAGCAACGUACAUCCGCAACACCGUCCUGCACGCGCUGCGCGAGGACGCGAAAGUCGAGACACGCAACUUGUCCAGUGCCUUCGUAUACGAGCAUCCGACAAUCGCCGCUCUCGGCGCCUUCGUAUCCUCUACUGCACUCGGGACAGCGAACGUGACAGCGUCUCUGACAGCGCGGGUCGACGCCAUGCAGGCCAUGGUGGCGAAGUAUACUGCUGACUUCCCCGUGCACAAGACGAUCCUCCUGAAAGCAGCUCAGCCGGUGAAGGAUGUCGUCAUCGUUACGGGGACGACUGGUGCUCUGGGAAGCCAGUUGCUCGUCAAGCUUGCGCGCAACCCAGAGGUAAAGAGGGUGUAUGCAUUGAACAGGGCGUCGCGCGAUCAAGUCCCGAUCCGCGAGAGACAGGCGAAGGUCUUGGUCGAGCGUGGCCUCGAUGCCAGCGUGCUGGACACGGACAAGGUUGUCCUUGUAGAAGGCGACCUGACACAGCAGAAUUUCGGGCUCUCCGAGGAGACCUACAAAGAGAUCCAUCACUCAGUGACGCAUAUCAUCCACAAUGCAUGGAAGGUGGAUUUCGCCAUCAAUCUACCCUCAUUCGAGCCGCAAGUACAUGGCGUCCGCAGUCUCAUCGACUUCGUGCUCACCUCUCGCCUGCCCUCGCCCCCGCGGCUGCUAUUCACAAGCUCAAUGGCCGUCCUCCAAAAUGCCCCGCUGGACCAGCGCUGCCCAGAAUCGUCCACUGACCCACUGUGGGCCGUCGGGAGCGGCUACGCCGAGUCCAAACACCCUCGUCGCGCGAGUCGGCAGGUCUGCGGGGGGCCCGACGGCGUCUGGAACGCAUCAGAGUGGUUCCCCUCCCUCGUCCAGAGCGCCCCCAAGCUCGGGUGCUUCCCGGACGACGACAAGGGCGGCCCCGCGACGCGCGUCGUCCACCUCGCGCACCCGCGGCCCGUCCCGUGGCACGCCCUCGCCCUCGCCGUCUGCGCGACGCUCGCCGUGCCGCUCGUCCCCUACCGCGCGUGGCUCGAGCGGCUCGAGGCGCAGGCCGCCGUGUACGCGUCCCAGAGCGCCGCGGCGCAGGCGGACACGAUCCGCGGCCUGCGCGCGCUGCACCUGCUGCCGAUGUUCCGGGGGAUGGCUCAGAAUGAGGGCCAGGAGAGGCGGAUGGCGCUCGGCCUGGCGGAUAUGGACGUGAGCCUUGCGAAGGGGGCGUCGCCGACGCUCGCGGAUCCGGACGUGAGGCAGUUGGGCGCGGAGGACGUGACGCGAUGGGCGGCGUACUGGCGCAAGGUUGGCUUGCUGGGAGCCUAG